AUGGAGAUGCCAGAAAAAAGCAGGAACCCAUUAAUAACAUUUGUAGAGGCCGAUACCAUGAAUUUCAAGAAUGUUGUUCAACAGCUUACAGGGAUACGCGAAGAAACAAGUGUAAAAGGAGGUAAUAUUGGAGUUAAAAAACCUGAAUUCAAGCUCCAUGAAAGGAGACAAUAUAAAGGGAAGUUAGAGAUGAUCAAAGCUCCUAUGAGUAGUAUUAAGGAAGGAGCAUCGGGAAAUAGAGUCAUCCAAACAAACCCUUUGAACACCUCAACUAAAUUCUUGUCAAGCCUAUGCUUAGGUGAACCGAUUACUGCUGAGCGGAAUACACAAGAAGAACAAGAAGAACAAGAAGAAAAGGCUAUCAAAGGGAGGCGAUUCUACCUACAUCCAUCCCCAAACACAACAUCAAAAACAGGGUUUAAUGAGCCGGAAUUGCUAAACUUGUUCCCUUUAACAUCUACAUCUCCUAAAUCAGGUCAAGAAUCAAGAAUUUCCCAGGAGAAUAGUGAAUGUUUACCACACAGAUUGAAUUAUAGUGAUUGAUCAAAAUAGAUUGUGAAAGCUGGAUGAUUUUGUAACCAUCAGGGCAGGUUUACGGUUCACCUAACUAGAUGUAAUUGAAUUAUAGAUUUAUUUACUUGAGAUAUUCAUAUACUACGAGACUAUCAUUAUGGUUUUCUACAUUACAUGUUUUAAGAGUGGCUCGUUCA